GUGGAGGCCGCCCUGUCGGGCCGGGAGGUGGCCCCGCCCCGCGUCCCCGACAUGGCGCCCGCCAGCGCCGCGCUGCCCCGGCUGCUGGGUGCGGGUGCCUGGCCCCGGUCACGCUGGCUGGGUUUCGUUAAGGCGACCCCCGGGCCGGCUCGGCCGAGCUGCAGGACACUUGGAAGCUCCCCAACCCCUGCGGUCAGCGAGCCCGAGGACAGCAGCGAGUUCAGUGACAAGAUUCUGAAUGAGCCUCUCAAGCACUCAGACUUCUUCCGUGUCAAGGAACUGUUUUCUGUCAAAAGUCUCUUCGAUGCCCGAGUGCACCUGGGGCACAAAGCCGGCUGUCGGCACAGGUUUAUGGAGCCAUACAUUUUCGGGAGCCGCCUGGACCAGGACAUAAUUGACCUGGAGCAGACAGCCGUGCACCUCCAGCUGGCCUUGAAUUUCACCGCCCAUGUGGCCUACCGCAAGGGCAUCAUCUUGUUUGUGAGCCGCAACCGGCAGUUCUCGAACCUGAUCGAGAACGUGGCCCGUGACUGUGGCGAGUACGCCCACACCCGCUACUUCAAGGGCGGCCUGCUGACCAACGCGCCCCUCCUCUUCGGCCCCAUGGUCCGCCUGCCGGACCUCAUCAUCUUCCUGCACACGCUCAACAACGUCUUCGAGCCCCACGUGGCCGUGAGGGACGCGGCCAAGAUGAACAUCCCCACUGUGGGCAUCGUGGACACCAACUGCAACCCCUGCCUCAUCACCUACCCCGUCCCUGGCAACGAUGACUCGCCCCCGGCCGUCCACCUCUACUGCAGGCUCUUCCGGACGGUCAUCAGCCGGGCCAAGGAGAAGCGGAAGCAGGUCGAGAUCCUGCAUCGGCUGCAGGGACAGCAGGGGGCUGGGGGCCGGGGGCCAGACCCACCUGAAGGCCCCCAGGGUAGGCCUCAGCCGCCCUCCUCCCAGACCAAAGAGUGGCCAAGCCCGUCUGCGCUGGGCAUCCCCUCCCCAGCCCUGGGGCCCCAGCAUUUCUAGUGCUGGGCAUCUGGGUCCUUGUUGUGGGUGACAGUACCCGGCUGGUUCCCACCACGCCCAUCCAGGUUCCACUCCAGACCCAGGGCCAAGUAGGCCAUCGGUAUUUUUUUCUGUGAGGAGCAGACCACGGGGCAAGCAACACGUCCAAAACAGCUGCUUCCCUGCAGUUAGGCCUCGGGCCGACACCCCGCUGCGGGCGUGGCCCCGGGCCGACACCCCGCUGUGGGCGUGGCCCACCCGUGGGGAGACACGGCUCUCCCUGUAAUCUGAGCAGCCCAAGCUUCCGCCCUGACAUCAGACCUCCGUUAGGGAGGUCGCCUGCCGCUCCAGACACCCGGCGUGGGGCUGCUUCCCUGCCUACCUCCGGGGGCUGUUUUAUGACGUGAUGUCGCAGGCAAACCUCUCAGAAGCUCCCAGCUGGGUUGGGACCAGCCUGGCCAAACAGAUGGUCUGAUCCCAGCAGAAAUAAAACCUAGAUUUGGCAAAAUUUGA